CAUGGUACCUAGAGCCUAUUAAGAAAGACAACCCUAUACCGUAAUUACCCCGGGACCCACUGUCCUUAUAUGAGAUUUUUUUUCUUCGAUAAACCGUGUCCCAUUUCCGAUUUACCCCUUCUUUGUCGCUUUUCAGCAGAUCAGUCGCAGUACUAUUCAUCGCGCACAAAUAUUGUUUUUAUGCCUUUUCCGCCACUGUUUCGUUGCUGGUUUUAGGUAAUUGCUUAUUGAUUAUGGCUACUUAUGAAGAUUUUCUUCGGUGGGUAGAGUAUUGUCAGAACUCGAGUUCUGCUAUUUCGGCCGCACAAAGUGGUAAUUCACCUGUUUGCAUCUCACCUUCUCAUAGCCCAUGGAUUCUCGAUUCUGGUGCAUCUGACCACAUCACUGAUCAACUAUCAGGACGACAAAUUGGUGUUGGAUAUGAGUCUAAUGACCUUUAUUAUCUCUCAAACCCAUCAACUACAUGCCCUACCACAAAUUAUCAUCUUACUAUACAUGCUCAGUUAGGUCAUCCAAGUCUUCCCAACAGGCGACAUCACCACUAGCUUUGUUAAUUCCAAUGAUCAAUUGGCAGAUGUAUUCACUAAGUCCCUGAGAGGUCCUCGAAUCAGGUAUAUAUGUAACAAGCUUGAUGCAUAUGAUUUAUAUGCUCCAGCUUGAGGGGGAGUGUUGAAAAUAUAUUUAU